AGGACGACGUACCUGUCCCUACUUCACCUGUGGCAAGUCCAGAGGGGGUGAUGGGACACGAGGAAGUACCGUUGCCCACCUCCCCUGCACCUUCAGAUGAUGGCUAUGAGGGCAGGCAAGCAUCGCCGGUAGGAGAGGAUGAAGUGCCACCUCCCACUUCACCAGUGGAGUCGCCACAUGAUAGGCAUGGCCGUGACGACCAGGAGAUCCCAUUGCCAACAUCUCCGGUGACAUCACCCGCAGAUGAUGACAGGUUCGCAGUUCCCGUGAGUGCUCAACCUGCCUCACAUCGAUCAGACAGUGCAGAUGUCACGGAAUCGCCCAGCGAGGAUCUGCCGGUGCCCACGGAGGCACGGCCGACAUCAGAAGCGCCCAGCUUCGAAGAGAUUGAGAUCCUGCUGGACGAGGCUGCCAUGCAAGCAGAAGCUGCAGAGAUCGAGGAAGUCAUCCCAUUGACCUCAAGCUUGCCAUUCUCGAGCGCGCCGCCACGGGAUAGCAGCACCGAGCCCACCUCGCCAAACAUGGUACCCACUUGUGUACCUUCACCCACGGAGAUUGGAGACGAGCCCACGGUUCCCUUCCCGACUGUGACGCGACAGCCCACGGCAACUGGUAUGGUACCCGAGGUGCCAGUGCUGCAGGCGCCCACAGCAGUGCCAGAUUCUGCCGUGUAUUCCUCUGCUGCGUUUGUGACCUCACCAACUGAGAUGCCAAUGCCCACCGAAUUGAUUUCUCCAACCAGCAUCGGAGACCAGGACUUGGAGGACGACACCAGCGUUCCCACGGUGCUUCGCACCGUUGGCACCGCGUCCACCUUGAAGGGCAGCACACGGCCUCCCGGGGAGCGACCUUCGUCCCCCACGGAAGUCAUGGAGGAAAUGGACACCGUGGAGGCACCAACGAUUUUGAGGCCACCGCCCCAGGUGCCGAUGAGUGGCUCGGGCUCCCUGAUCACCACCGGUUUGCAAAGCAGCAGCGCGCCGCCGGCCUCGCCAACGGAGUUUUUAGAGUGGGGACCCGGGCCGAACUUAUCUUGUGCGCUUUUCGGUGUGACAUCUGCCAUUUUUGCCAUUGAUCCGGUGCUGUGA